CACUGCAGCGUUUGGUUGAAGGGAGGUGCGCUCCAGCCUGGGUCAUGGCUGUGCGUCCUCGCUGUUGGAGCCGCGGCUCCCCAGCUCCGUGCCCCGCUCCCUAAGAGCGCUCCCUUCGAGGUAGCAAUCAAAAACCCACGAUUUUUGCCCGAGCUGGGGCGAGGGGUAAGGAAGCUGCGAACCAGGAUGUGCUGACGACCGCGAGGGCUCGCGUCCCGGGUGCCACCGUGGGUCCCGACGUGGGAUCCCGAUUACUUCGGGCAGCUUCGACGUUCCCAGUGCGCUCCCGCCGCCCUGCGCCGCCCUUAAUGUGUAGAGACGAGCCGGACACCAUGAUCCUAACACAAAUUGAAGCCAAGGAAGCUUGCGAUUGGCUGAGAGUGACUGGUUUCCCCCAGUACGCACAGCUGUAUGAAGAUCUCCUGUUUCCUAUUGAUAUUGCGCUGGUCAAGAGAGAACACGACUUCUUGGACAGAGAUGCCAUCGAGGCUCUCUGCAGGCGGCUAAACACGCUAAACAAGUGUGCAGUCAUGAAGCUGGAGAUCAGUCCUCACCGGAAGCGAAGUGAGGAUUCAGAUGAAGAGGAACCUUGUGCCAUAAGUGGCAAGUGGACUUUCCAGAGGGACAGUAAGCGGUGGUCCCGGCUUGAAGAGUUCGAUGUCUUUUCUCCGAAGCAGGAUCCGAUCCCUGGGUCCCCAGACAAUUCUCGUUUGCAGAGCGCCACCAGCCGCGAAAGCAUGCUGACAGACCUCAGCGAGCACCAGGAGGUGUCCUCUCUCCGAAGCCUCAGCAGCACCAGCAGCAGCGCCCCCACCCACGUGCCCCACGGCGGGGAGGCUACGACACCCCGAACCAAUUCCGUCAUCAGCGUCUGCUCCUCCAGCCACUUCGUAGGCAACGAGGACUCCUUCUCCAGCCUGCCGUCCCCCAAGGAACUGUCCAGCUUCAGUUUUAGCAUGAAAGGUCACGAGAAGAUCACCAAGUCUAAGACGCGGAGCCUGCUCAAGCGGAUGGAGAGCCUGAAGCUCAAGGGCUCCCACCACAGCAAGCACAAGGCACCUUCCAAGCUGGGGUUGAUCAUCAGCGCUCCCAUUCUUCAGGAGGGCAUGGACGAGGAGAAGCUGAAGCAGCUGAACUGCGUGGAGAUCUCGGCCCUCAAUGGCAACCACAUCAACGUGCCCAUGGUACGAAAAAGGAGUGUGUCUAACUCCACGCAGACCAGCAGUAGCAGCAGUCAGUCAGAGACCAGCAGUGCCGUCAGCACACCCAGCCCGGUCACCAGGACACGGAGCCUCAGCACCUGUAACAAGCGGGUGGGCAUGUACCUUGAGGGCUUCGACCCUUUCAGUCAGUCCGCCUUUAAUAACGUGACAGAGCAGAACUAUAAGAACCGAGAGAGCUACCCGGAGGACACAGUGUUCUACAUUCCCGAAGACCACAAGCCUGGCACCUUCCCCAAGGCCCUCUCCAAUGGCAGUUUCUGUCCCUCGGGGAACAGUUCUGUGAACUGGAGGACUGGAAGCUUUCACGGCCCUGGCCACCUCAGCCUACGGAGAGAAAACAGCGGCGACAGUCCUAAGGAGCUGAAGAGACGCAACUCCUCCAGCUCGGUGAGCAGCCGUAUGAGCAUCUAUGACAACGUGCCGGGCUCUAUCCUUUACUCCAGCUCGGGCGAACUGGCCGACCUGGAGAACGAGGACAUCUUCCCUGAGCUCGAUGACAUUCUCUACCACGUGAAGGGCAUGCAGCGGAUAGUCAACCAGUGGUCUGAAAAGUUCUCGGACGAGGGCGACUCGGACUCAGCCCUGGACUCUGUGUCUCCUUGCCCGUCGUCCCCGAAACAGAUACACCUGGACGUGGACCACGACCGAAGGACACCCAGUGACCUGGACAGUACAGGCAACUCCCUCAACGAGCCGGAGGAGCCCACGGAUAUCCCCGAAAGAAGAGACUCAGGGGUGGGGGCUUCCCUGACCAGGUGUAAUAGGCACCGACUGAGAUGGCAUAGCUUUCAGAGCUCUCACCGGCCGAGCCUGAACUCUGUGUCUCUGCAGAUUAACUGUCAGUCUGUGGCCCAGAUGAACCUACUGCAGAAAUACUCGCUCCUGAAAUUGACGGCCCUGCUGGAAAAGUACACGCCUUCCAACAAGCAUGGCUUCAGCUGGGCCGUGCCCAAGUUUAUGAAAAGGAUCAAGGUUCCAGACUACAAGGACCGGAGUGUGUUUGGGGUCCCCCUGACCGUGAACGUGCAGCGCUCAGGACAGCCCCUGCCUCAGAGCAUCCAGCAGGCCAUGCGCUACCUCCGUAACCAUUGUCUGGACCAGGUUGGGCUCUUCAGGAAGUCAGGUGUCAAAUCCCGGAUCCAGGCUCUACGCCAGAUGAACGAAAGCGCGGAAGAUUAUGUCAACUAUGAAGGCCAAUCCGCUUACGAUGUGGCAGACAUGUUAAAGCAGUAUUUCCGAGAUCUCCCCGAGCCCCUCAUGACGAACAAACUCUCCGAAACGUUCCUGCAGAUCUACCAGUAUGUGCCCAAGGACCAGCGCCUCCAAGCCAUCAAGGCAGCCAUUAUGCUCCUGCCUGACGAGAACCGGGAGGUUCUCCAGACGCUUCUCUAUUUCUUGAGCGAUGUCACGGCGGCUGUGAAAGAAAACCAGAUGACUCCCACCAACCUGGCUGUGUGCUUAGCUCCGUCUCUCUUCCACCUCAACACCCUGAAGCGAGAGAAUUCUUCUCCAAGGGUAAUGCAAAGAAAACAGAGUUUGGGCAAACCAGACCAGAAAGAUCUGAAUGAAAACCUAGCCGCCACUCAAGGGUUGGCCCACAUGAUUGCCGAGUGCAAGAAGCUCUUUCAGGUUCCUGAGGAAAUGAGCCGGUGCCGUAACUCAUACACUGAACAGGAACUGAAGCCCCUGACACUGGAGGCCUUGGGACACCUGAGUAAUGAUCAGCCCGCUGACUACAGACACUUCCUCCAGGACUGUGUGGAUGGCCUGUUCAAGGAGGUCAAAGAGAAGUUCAAAGGCUGGGUCAGCUACCCUACCUCUGAACAGGCCGAGCUGUCCUAUAAGAAGGUAAGCGAAGGACCCCCACUAAGGCUUUGGAGGGCAACCAUUGAAGUCCCUGCAGCCCCCGAGGAGAUCUUAAAGCGCCUUCUGAAGGAGCAGCACCUCUGGGAUGUCGACCUGCUGGACUCAAAGGUGAUCGAAAUCCUGGACAGCCAGACUGAAAUCUACCAGUACGUCCAAAACAGCAUGGCGCCCCACCCUGCGAGGGACUACGUCGUACUGAGGACCUGGAGGACUAACUUACCCAGGGGAGCCUGUGCUCUCUUAUUCACCUCUGUGGAUCACGACCGGGCACCCGUGGCGGGGGUGAGGGUUAAUGUGCUCCUAUCCAGAUAUUUGAUUGAACCCUGCGGGUCAGGAAAAUCCAAGCUCACCUACAUGUGCAGAGCUGAUUUAAGGGGCCACAUGCCGGAGUGGUACACAAAAUCUUUCGGACAUUUGUGUGCAGCUGAAGUGGUAAAGAUCCGAGACUCCUUCAGUAAUCAGAGCACUGAAACCAAGGAUACCAGAUCUAGGUGAUGACCGAAGGGAGGCAGCCGUGUCUGCAACCUGGGUGAUGUUGCUAGAACCUUGCAAGUCCUUGGAGGAAGAGUUCAUCUGGGUCUGAUUGACUACAGAGAUUCGACACGUUCUUAAAGCUGCUUCCUGUUUGUCUUAGGUCUCUGUUGUAGACCUUGACUGGAAUAUGUAAGACUCGGCGGGGCGGGGUACCUGUAUUAUUCAGAUUGCUUCUGAGAAGCAAGAACUCUUUCAGCACCUAAUGGAAGAUACGGAAGAGGCGUCGUCGACCUUUUGCGACGUCAGCGUCUGCGUACCUUAUUCCUUAUUGUUUUCGGCGUACUGAGGGACUGAUGUAUCCACUGGAACAGCUGGUACUCGUGGACAGGUUUUCUCACUGAGACGAGCAGAGAAUGGUUUGCACAGAGGAGUGUGAAUGUGUGUGUUGCUGGCUGAGUGGCAUAGAUGAAGGGAUUGGAGGCAGCGUCUGGCACACUGAGAUGCUCCACAAAGGAUGCUGUUAGACCUGGUUUAGCUCAACCUGGAAUAGCUGACUACCCAGGGAUCCACCCAGAAGGGGAAUCCAGAUCCCUUCCUCCUCCCCCCCCCCCACCCCACCCCUGGUUAUUAAGCUUUUUUUUUUUUUUUUUUUUUUUUUCUUUUUUUGCUUUGCUGUCCCAUAAACUGUAGCUUCCCCACGACUAGGAAUUUAACCAUAGACUAGUUCAGGAAUAAGCAUCAGCUUCACCUCUUUGACUGGCUCCAAAGAAAGGCUUUUCUUUACGUGAGAUAGAAAAGCUGAACACGGACACAGCCAAAAGCAAAGUAAGAGCGCUUUCUCAUUUCCAAUACUGGGUGUUGAACCCAGAGCCUUUUAUAUACCAAGCAAGCGCUCUACAGUGAAGUCAUCCCCACCUCUGUUUUCACUCCUUAUUCUGAGGCAGGGUCUCACCGUGUUGCCCAGGCUGGUCUUGAACAACUGACUCGCUGUAUAGCUCAAGUUAUCUACGUCUAAUAGUUGGGAUAAGGGACUCAGCAAAACUUUUUACCUGUUAUAAUUCGGAGUAUCGUGUUGCUUGUGACAUUAACUCAAAGAUACCCAGGGGAACCCAGAACUAUGUCCCCAGUAGGUUUAACCCAACCAAGCACAAGAGGCUUCUGAUUGUGGGUGGUGGUGUCAGUGUUCCUGACAGCUAUAUGUGUAUUUUAUCAUGCACAGAUAGGUUUUCUGAGUAUUAUUUUUCCUGUAUUUUUUUUUUCUUUCUCUCUUUCCUUAUGCCCUUGAACUGUAUUUUAGUAAUAAUGGGGGAUGGUAAUCUCAGUGAAAAGCGAGCAGUGCAGGUUUUCGGAAGCGUGGUCUUUAUACAGGUUUUACUGUAAUGGUGAGGACUGACUCAAGACAGUAUUAGUAAAUUUAUUUUGUAUGGAUCGAAACAGUGAGUACCGUAUGAAUGAGAGCUGCAGAAGGACUUUUAUUUUGUUAUAACUCAGUUACCUUGUCAGUAUUAUUUCAAAGGUUCUUUGAAGAAUGGGGGGGAGGGGUCAGAGUAGAGUUUUAAAAGUCUGAGUAUUUCAAAUUAUCAGUGUUGCUUUGUGAAGAUGUGCGUGUGUGUGUGUGUGUGUGUGUGUGUGUGUGUGUGUGUGUGUGUGUGUUCAACCUUGAUGGCUUCCAGAUCUGUAAGAUUGUAUGUUGUAUAUACCAUUCUAUUGAGAAACAUGUACACAUGUCUGUCUACUGUGCUUUCAGACAUAGAUAAAGCAUGAUAAAGAUUAUUAUUUAAGAUAUACUUGUAUUUAUACCUCAGAUAUUCUUUUGGGUUUUGUACCUCAAGGUUCCCCUCCCCACAUUGUAAAUACACUUUACGUGAAUACAGUUAUAGUGAGAGAGAAAAAAAAAAGACUAAAUAAAGGAAGAGGUUUAUAAUUUGCCCCAUAUCUAUCUGUACAGAGUAUAUUCCGUGAGUGCACUAUUAAAUGUUUAAGGGGAAGAGUCUGGCCUGCUCUCUGCCUUGCACCUUCUCCGCCCUUAGAAGCAGGGAUUCGCAAAGCACAGGGCCCCAGUGCCAACCCAAGUCCGAAGCUACAUUAGCGAAGAGAGAAGUCAGACGACGACGGAAUCAUUCCAAGGCCAAGCUGCAACUGAGCCAUUCGCCCACAAACAGGAAAGCCCGGUGAAGGUUCAGGAAGCCUGGAGAGUCUCUCCAGACCAAGGUCAGAAACGAUGCUGAGAAAUUACGAGAACCAAGCAACGGCGAACGGAACGACGCUUGUGAGCAACGUCAAGGUCACUGAUUGAUCCACAAGAGGUUGCUCUCCCGUGAUUAACUUCCCUGCUGAAGGGAAUUACUUACGUCUGGCCAGAGAAGAAUUCUUCAGAGCAUGGGACUUUCCAAGAACUGGGGUUAACAUCUUGUAACAUGGCCACGGUUUGUCCACAUGACUCGUGGUCUGGAUGGUGAGUUCUUCAAGGGCAGGCUCGUCUCCUGCACAUCUUUAUACUCCUCUACAGCAGCUUUCAGUGUUUUGUACUUGUAGACACCUAAUAAAUUUAUCGUUUGCUAAAGAA